GUCAUGCGAGAGACGAUUAUUUAGUGACGGUGAUCGGGUUAUUUUGUGACGAAUUUAGUGUUUUUUUUAUUAAUGUGUUUAGUGAAAUAGCAAAAAAUGGAGACUGAGAGGAUGAUAGAAGAUACAAUACCACAACAGGUGACUUCGUUAACGUGCCUCGACACAGGCGUAAGGCCAGCGCCAAGCAGUGCUGCGUACACGGCAGAAAGAGACAGCUGCCUCAAUUUCUUUACAAGAUGGAACGAGACAGAUCAGGUGGAGUUUGUGGAACAGCUCCUGGCUCGUAUGUGUCACUACCAGCACUGGCACAUCAACGCGUACCUCAAACCCAUGCUGCAGAGGGAUUUCAUCAGCAUGCUGCCCAAGAAAGGUCUCGAUCACGUUGCCGAAAACAUUCUGUCGUACUUGGACGCGAGUUCCCUGUGCGCCGCGGAGCUCGUCUGCAGAGAAUGGCAGAGGGUCAUAUCUGAAGGCAUGCUGUGGAAGAAGCUGGUCGAGCGUAAAGUUCGCACGGACACAUUGUGGCGCGGCUUAGCUGAAAGAAGAGGGUGGAUACAAUACCUGUUCAAGCCCAAACCGGGAUGCCAACAUCCGUCCCACUCGUUCUACAGACAGCUGUAUCCCAAGAUUAUCCAGGACAUAAGGUCCAUAGAAGAUAACUGGCGGAUGGGCAGACACAAUUUGCAGCGGAUAAACUGCAGAUCGGAGAAUUCCAAAGGCGUAUACUGCCUUCAGUAUGACGACAACAAGAUUGUGUCCGGCCUCAGGGAUAAUACUAUCAAGAUUUGGGACAGGAAAACUUUGCAGUGUGUUAAGGAGCUCCAAGGACACACCGGCUCGGUCCUCUGUCUUCAGUACGACGAGCGAGCCAUCAUAUCAGGCUCUUCGGACAGCACUGUCCGCGUGUGGGACGUGAACACUGGCGAGAUGCUGAACACGCUGAUACACCAUUGCGAGGCGGUGCUCCAUCUCAGAUUCUGCAAUGGCAUGAUGGUCACUUGCAGCAAGGACCGUUCAAUAGCUGUGUGGGACAUGACUUCGACGAGCGAAAUCCUCCUCCGCAGAGUGCUGGUCGGUCACCGGGCCGCCGUCAACGUGGUCGAUUUCGACGAGAAAUACAUCGUCAGCGCCAGCGGUGACAGGACUAUUAAGGUAUGGAACACUUCAACGUGCGAAUUCGUCCGGACUCUCAACGGUCACAAGCGGGGUAUAGCCUGUCUCCAGUACAGGGAUCGGCUGGUGGUCUCCGGGUCUUCGGAUAACACUAUUCGGCUGUGGGACAUCGAGUGUGGACAGUGCAUCAGGGUGCUGGAGGGCCACGAGGAGCUGGUACGGUGUAUACGAUUCGACAACAAGCGCAUAGUGAGCGGCGCGUACGACGGCAAAAUCAAAGUGUGGGACCUGCCCGCCGCUUUAGACGUGCGCACGCCCCACCAAGAUCUAUGUUUAAGGACGUUAGUGGAGCACACCGGCCGCGUGUUCCGGCUGCAGUUCGACGAGUUCCAAAUCGUAUCUUCGUCGCACGACGACACGAUCCUCGUGUGGGACUUCCUCAACUACGGCGGCGCCGCGCCCGCGCCGCCCGCGCCCGCGCCGCGCGCGCGCACGCCCGACCUCGACCGCGACCUGUUCGACUAGCGGCGCUGUGGAUUGUAUGAAGUGUUCACACACAGACUGAGUUCUCAUGAUAACGGACGCGGUUGCGCCCGCGCAUGGGCGUGAGUUUUGUGAUAGUGCGUCGUGUUACUGUGACCGGGUCGCGGUGAACACGUUUGAUGCGGAGAACUGUGAGAAACUGACUAGUGCGUGGUGAGAAUCCCGAUUACAACUGCGAUGGAGCGAGAAACAGCAGAAAAGAACAGUUUAACAGUGAUGAGAAAUUGGUUUUGUCGUGGAAUCGCUGAGAAACCACGUUUGAUGGAUGAGAAAUUAGUUAACUUCUGAGAAACUAACAAGUUGUGAUGGUCUCGAGUGGUAGUGAAGUGACAUUUAAUAAAUAGACGGACAAUACAUUAAUGUUAAUUAUAGAGAAAUUACGAUUGAGACGCAAGCCACAUCGUGUAUUGUGAUAACAUAUUAAACUUUUUGAAAAUAAAUUUAUUCUAUUUCAAACAUAACACAUAGUCAAAUGAAAUUAUGUGGACAGAUUAAAUUUUUUAAAUAUAGAUUAUCAAAUCUUGUUUAUGCUACUGAGAUUGCAAUCUUCUUGUACCAAAAAAGGUAAUAAUUUAUCGAUAAAAAAAAUAAAUAUUAUGAACAAACAUACGAAUUGCGCUAGGCCCAAUAUUAGUUACGAUUUUCGGUGUAUUUAAAAUGUGACUAGAAAAAUAAUUUAAGCGUAGUUUCACCUAUGCAGUGUGGCUUACGUUAAACAAUUACUAACAACACUAUGUUAGUAACGCGAAUUUGAGAGAUCUGUAACUCAAAUGAGGGCUGUCUUGUGACUAGACAAUUCGUUCAUAAAUACGAAUGCGCUUAGUUAAUAUAUUUAUAUGUAAAACAUAGGUCCAAAUUAAUAGAUAUUAGCUAACAAAUUUAUGAAUGAAGGAAAUGUUACUGAUGUUUCAUAUACCCUAUCUCUUUCUAACUCUUGUAGUUAAUCAAUAAGAUAGAAAGAGAGAAAAGAUGAUGACAUGAAGUUGAAACAACCAUUUGGAACCAAAUAGGGUAAUAAUUAUUUAGCGUCAUUGCUUAUACCUCUUUGUAUUCUCAAGUAUAGACUUUUAAAUUUGGUUUCUGCUAAAAACAGCAUGUUAGUUAAUUACAUUCUACAUGCUGUGGAGAGAUUCGGCAUAGUUUUUAUAGGUAGGCUUCCUGCCUGAUGAGAAACUGCCUUCAGAAUAUACAUUAGUGAUUCGCUAGAUAUGAUAAAACACCAAAAUUAUGUUAAAAGAACAUCCUGUUCUGUAUCUUAUUGCCUUGUAAAUAAACAUAGUUUUCCGUGUCUGCUGCUAAUUUGUUUUACAAUAAAAAAUAAAAUAUUAGUGAUUUCAGCUCGUGAUUAUCAUAGUUCUUUUGAUGUAUGACGACAAUGUGAGGUUGUCAAAACUUGUGAAAUUAAAUGACAAAAAAUGUGACUGAUUGUUUUGGUCCACGCGGGUAGUACCGACAAGACAAAGUAAUAAAAAUCAAGUAUGGUUGUCAUUUCAUUGUUUUAUGUAAUUAUUUGAUACAAGGAUGAAGUGAAGUGAAGAUAUUGGAAAGUUUUUUUGUUUUUAUUAAACAUUAUCUACAAGUGAAGCAAAAUAAAUUAUUAUGACGGAAACGAUUUGCCAUUACAACUCGUACGCCGAACGUGUUAUUUUAUGAGACAGUUCGUCACUUUCUCAAAUCGUUAUUUUCGCACAUUUUUGCAAUAGUCACAACUUGUCAUUUACAGUUUAUUAUAAGUAGAUUAGUUUAAAAAUGUUGAGAAUUUAAUAAUAAUGAAAAUUUGCGAAAGAGAUUUAAUUCGUGUGAAUCCGUAAUUGUACCACGAAAUUUAUUGAAUUUGCGAAAGUGACGAACUGUUUAGCCCUUUU